GAUAGAUAGCACUAUUGGACGAAAUCCCCGGCCUCGAGGAACCUCCCUUCAUUAUCGCCACGGUCACUCUCACUCCCGGCCAUCAUCAUCAUCAUCAUUAUCAUCAUCAUCCGAUCCCGCUGCCUGCUCCUCCCCCUUAAACCAUCCAUCGCAUCCACAUCUCCGUCCCAACCCCCCAGCUAUCCAGCUGCCUCAGCCGUCGGGCCAGCUACCGAAAACUAACAUCCGCAUUGACUGUCCACCGCGGGCCGCACAGGGCGUCGGCCCUUUACGAUGCGAUGACGACUUACAACUCUAUGCCGGCGCUGCAGUCAGGCGCCAGCCCGGGAGACGCCAUGGGACUGAAUGCCAUGUCCGCCUCGGGUCUGGGCAUCGACGCUUUCGAUCCCGACCUCAACUUUGACGAGUCCAUGCUGGACAAUGUAAAUGGCAACCUACCCCCUUUGCCAUUUGCUACUUCCUACGAUUUCGAGACCUUUUCGACGACGUUCGAAGAUCCCUUCAACUACUCCAAGCCCUACGAGGCUGCGCCACACCCCGAAGAUUUUCACGAAGGAUCCUCCCCGCAACAACCCGACGACAAACUCCUCAGCUUCUCGGCAGCGACCGUAAAGGCCACCCCUCUCGACGAUGCGUUGGGUACGUAUUCCGAGGUGGGCAUGUCCGCCGAGCUGUACGGCAUGUUCUUCGUCGCCGAGGAUGUAUUUGGCGGCGAGUCGGGCGGCCGACCUCUCGAGCUGACCUGUUACCGACGUAACUUGUGGCAAUGCUCCGGCCAGAUCACGAUGCCGCGACACUGCUCCCAAGUCAUGAAUGAGCAAGGUCGCUCCAUACCCAUAGUGGAAUUCUACGCUUCGAUAUCUGCCAUCGAGAGCAUCGAAGGCAAAACCACCGAGAUCAUCUCCAUCCCCUGGAAGAACGGGAACCCGGCCCUGGGCGAUGCGCAAGAGACCAAGGUGGCUGGCGCCCCGCCGAAAAUCGCGCUCGACCUUAGCGGCGGCCAGGAAGUCGACGGCCACCGCGUCAGCAUACCUGUCUCGUGGAAGCGGUUGCAAUUUAAGAGCGCAACGGCGAACAAUGGCCGGCGGAAAGGGCUCCAGCAGCACUAUGCCGUGCAGAUCAGCUUACUAGGCAAGAUGAAGACUGGCGGUGAGCUCAUGAAGAUCGCCGACAUCCAGAGCGGGCCGGUUAUCGUGCGCGGACGUAGCCCACGGAACUUCGACAGCAGAAAAGACGUGCACCUCACGGUCGACAAGAAGACUCCUGGGCCGGCGGAACGCACCCGGACGCAGAGCGACGCGAGCGCCGCUUCGGGUUUGAAGACGGAGCGGUCAGACGCGUCGCACAACCCGCACAACCCGCACGCCUCACAAUACCAGGGCCCGACCCCCGGGAAUACCGGGCCCCAGUCGCCUUGGGCAGCGCCUGCGACGCCGGCGAACGGCGACGGACAAGCCGGCUCCCAGGCUCCGCCCGCCAAGAGAAUGGCGCUCUCGCCGAACCCGAGUCGGCCCCCCGUGCCAUCGUGGGGGAAGGAACCACAUCUGAGCAAGACGCACACGCUCGGCAGCCAUGUGAAGAAUACCACGGCAACCCCUUCGGUGCCGAUCAACCUCUCUCUCUCGGAGGACGAGCGGAGCCCGAACAAUCGCUCCAACUCGGACUCGCUGACCAGCCCGAGGCUCCAUCGGACGUCGACGAGCCACGGCCUGGGCGGGAGCCCGAUGGAGGAGGAAGAGGAGCUAUACGAAUAUUUCCCGCUGAGCGUGGAUGACUGGACACCACUCGUGGACACGGUAUACCGACCCCACAUCGUUCACCACAUCGCCGUCCCCCAAGAGAUCAAAGCGCAGCAGAUCCGGAACAAGUCCAAGAGGUACUUCUCGGCCGAAUAGGAGAUGUGCGCCCGUUACACGUACCUUUUAUCUGCACACGUAUGUCGACAUCUCGCAGCGCUCCCUAACGCUCCGGUCCCGAUCUUCGACAUGAUCUUCGACAUGAUCUCCGACGUGA